GUCUUAUCCUUUCUUAUUUUUCCUGUUUCUUUUUUCUCCACCUUUUGGUUGAAGUUCCCUCUCAUUUGUCUUUCACUUUUUCUUCCCAACUUCCUUUUCAUUGUUUAUUCCUUUCCCUUUGAGAGAUGUUAUCCUUAUAUUCAUGUGGUUUUUUCCCCUCAUAUUCAUAAUCUGUUAUUCCACACAUUUUUUUUUUUCCACAAACCUCGGAUCCUUACUAGGGAGGGUUUUUUACUUUUUCAAUCAGCUCUACCUCUCAAUUUUAUGUAACUCAUUUUGUUGCAAUGGGCCUCUUCAUAAUUUUUUUUCCUCCCUAUCAUACUAUACUUUUUUUUUCUUUUUUUUUUUUUUUAAAUGCUGGUCAAGGAAUUUGCGGCUAUCAGUUCUGCAUCAUGCAUAUCUUCAUCGCUUGCUUGCACAAUACUUUAUUGUCUAGCUCAAGAGGCGUGUUGUCAUGCACUACACUUUUCCGCUGUUGCCGCAUUUGCAAGGCCCCAAGAAACAAAUCCCAUAAACAAAAUUGAAUUAUGUCUACCAACUUUUUUGUGUCUAAUAUUGUAUUUUUGUAAAGAGAGAUUACAGUUGUGCUAUGUUACAAUUGGCUGAUGGAUCAGUAAAGGCUUGCCUUCUCUAUCCACAACUUUCAAGAAAUAGGUGGGAU